AGUACACAACGCCGGGGGUCUUGCUGCGGCUCUCAUCGGAUCGCGGAGGAGGGACGCUGAAAGUCGCACCUGGCCCGGAGGAGGGCGGGUGCGCGCGCGCAACAUUCACCCCUCAGCAGCCAAACUCCCCGCUUCGACCCAGGGGCCGGAGGGUACGAGGCGUGCGUCGGAAGGGGGCGCUUUCAGCCUCUGGGUCUGCGGGGCGGGGAAUACGCGCAUGCGCAACGGCCUCACACCCCCCCCCCGCCCGGGCCUUGGUUGGGGAGUCGGAGUCGCAGUGAGCGGUGGCUGGCGGAGGGGGCGCUGGUCGGCCGCCCGUUGCUGGUGAUUGUGGUGGAGCCCGGCGCCUGGGAGGAGGGAGCGGAGCCAGCGAUGUUUCCCACUGUCACUCUCAGGGCUCUUCAGUUCAGCCUCGGGUGAAAAUGGCCACCAAGAGAAAGUGCGGCAGCGGCACGACCCUCCCGACUGCUCUGUCAUCCCCGCGCGCCGUCGGCUUGCGGCACUUCACAGGAUAAAAUUCCAACAUUGAAGGAAGAGGAGGAGGAGGAGGAGAGGGGUGUGAGGAAAAACAACCAACCUUCAUCUCUCCUUCGUCCGCUCGAGGCAUUAAUUUUUCCUGCCCACACUUCCAUCCACACGGGGAGCAAGAAUCUCAUGCGUGUUAGACAAGCUCAAGGCCUGAGGCUUCUUCAGCAUUAUGUCUUGGAUCCCUAUACCUGUCUUGCUUGGAGUCACACCCUCCUGUCCCUGACCAUGGACCAAAUUUGAGGAUUGAUCGUGUUUUCAGGAAAUUGGGAAAAAUGAACAUGGUGAAAAGGAUCAUGGGCCGUCCACGGCAGGAAGAAUGUAGUCCUCAGGAUAAUGCACUUGGCCUUAUGCACUUACGCCGCCUCUUCAUGGAACUGUGUCAUUCACCAAGGCACAUGACCCAGAAGGAACAGGAGGAAAAGCUGUACAUGAUGCUGCCAGUUUUCAACCGGGUAUUUGGAAAUGCUCUUCCUGGCACCAUGAUGGAGAAAUUUUCAGAUCUCUUGCAGUUUGCUGCCCAGGUAUCGCGUUUAAUGGUGACUGAAAUUAGGAGAAGAGCCUCAAACAAAUCCACAGAGGCAGCUAGUCGUGCCAUUGUUCAAUUUCUGGAGAUUAAUCAAAGUGAAGAAUCAAGCAGAGGCUGGAUGCUUCUCACUACAAUCAACUUACUUGCAUCUUCUGGGCAGAAGACUGUGGACUAUAUGACUACAAUGUCUUUGCCUUCCACUCUGGUUAAAUGCCUCUAUCUAUUCUUCGAUCUCCCACAUGUGCCUGAUGCACCUGGAGGGGCACAGACAGAUUUACCACUUAGUGAACGGCGGGCACUGUUGCAGAAGGUGUUUGUACAGAUUUUGGUGAAACUUUGCAAGUAUGUGUCACCAGCAGAAGAGCUAGCCCAGAAAGAUGACCUCCAGCUUCUGUUCAGUGCUAUAACCUCUUGGUGUCCUCCACAUAAUAUCCUCUGGAGAAAAAGUGCAGGAGAAGUACUAAUGACCAUAUCUCGCCAUGGACUCAGUCUCAAUGUUGUCAAGUAUAUACAUGAAAAAGAAUGCGUGGCCACUUGUAUCCAGAACAUGCAGCAAUCAGAAGAUCUUUUACCCCUAGAAAUUGUUGAAAUGUUUGCUGGACUCUCCUGUUUCCUUAAAGACUCCAGUGAUAUAUCACAAGUUCUUUUAGAUGAUUUUAGGUCCUGCCAAGGUUAUCAAUUCCUUUGUGACCUUCUGCUCAGGUUGGAGCAAAUAAAUGAACCUGAUGCCAAAGAGGCCGUGAAAGACUUAGUUCAAUUGGUGACCUCAUUGACAAUAUAUGGGAUCAAUGAAUUGAGAUCUACUGGCAUAACUAGCGGAGCACCUUUUCUUCUGCCAGGAUUUGCAGUACCACAACCUUCUGGCAAAGGUCGCACAGUAAAAAAUUUCCAAGCAUUCUCUGUUCUUCAAAUUGCCUUCUUAAAAGCAAAGUCGAGCCAUCUUGCCAGAACCAUCCUUGAUGCUAUUUCAGACCUGUAUGUUGCAGAUAAUGCUAAUUACUUCAUCCUAGAAUCACAGCAUACACUUUCACAGUUCGCUGAGAAGAUUUCCAAAGCACCUGAGGUGCAAUCCAAGUACUUUGAAAUGUUGGAGUUUAUUAUCUUCAGCUUAAACUAUAUUCCCUGUAAAGAACUAAUAAGUAUCAGUAUCUUAUUAAAGUCCAGCACCUCUUACCAAUGUAGCAUCACUGCAAUGAAGACACUUGUGAAAUUUGCUCGCCAUGAUCCUAUUUUUAGAGAUGUAUAUCGAGAAGUUGGAUUGCUUGAAGUGAUGGUCAAUCUCUUGCACAAAUACGCUGCCCUAUUGAAAGAGCCCAUUCAGAGUUUUAACGAGCCAGAAUACAAAACAAAUUGUUCAUUUGAAGACCGAAAACAGCUUGCCUUAUUAGUGAUGGAGACGCUGACGAUACUGCUGCAAGGAUCAAACACAAAUGCAGGUGUUUUCCGGGAGUUUGGAGGAGCACGAUGUGUGCACAACAUAGUGAAGUAUCCACAAUGUCGGGAACCUGCACUGAUGAUUAUACAACAGUUAAUUUUGUCCCCUAGUGGAGAAGAUGAUAUGGGUACAUUGUUAGGACUAAUGCACACUGCUUCAUCUGCAGAACUGAAACUCAAAACUGAUAUUCUGACAGCUCUUCUCACUGUGCUGAGAGAAAGUCACCGCACACGAACAGUGUUCCGAAAAGUUGGGGGUUUUGUUUAUGUCACAUCGUUGUUGGUUGCCUUGGAGCGAUCCUUGAGUUAUGAACCCAAGGGAGUGUGGGAAAAUGUGAACUCAGACCAAGCCUUUGAACUAGUGCAUACAGUUAUUUGUACAUUAACAGCAGCAAUGCGUUAUGAACCUGCUAAUUCUCAUUUUUUCAAAACUGAAAUUCAAUAUGAGAAACUUGCAGAUGCUUUGCGUUUGCUUGGCUGUUUCUCAAAUGCACGACAAUUAGAUUCGGUUACUUGCUGUCCUUCAAAUAUCCAACCGUUUCAAAGAAUGCUUGAAGAUGAUGCACCAUUGGAAUCUGUUUGCCCAACACUGAAAUAUUGUAGUAAAGUUUUCUCUUGUCUCUACAAAAUGGCCACAGACUCUUUUGAUAGUCUUGCUGAACAAGUUCCGCCUUGUUUGACACAUGAGACUUCCCUUCCCUCUCCUUGGAGUACUCCAGUUCUGUCCAGAAAAAGACCAGGCUAUCACGCAGUAUCAACGCCUCCUGUGUUUCCAGCCAAAUCUGUCACAGAAGUAAAGCUACAAAAUGCAUUGACUUCCUUGCAUUCUUCUGAUCCAGUCAUCAUACAUCCUGGAGCUGUGCUUGCAAUGUUAGACUUGGUGGUCUCAGUGAGUGUCAGUGAACAAUUUGAGUUGGGAAAGUAUGCAAUAGAUCUUCAGCUUGCAGUGGCCAAUAUCUUACAGUCGCUCAUCUAUUCAGAGAGAAAUCAACAAGUGAUGUGUGAAGCAGGGCUUCUUGAACGACUUCUACAUAGAUGUGGUUCUGCUCUAUCUGAUGAAGAUCAUCCUCUGCACCCACCGCUCCAAAGAAUGUUUGAGCGAUUGGCUUCACAGUCAUUAGAACCAGUGGUCCUUAGAGAAUUUCUCCGCCUUGGUAAUCCAUUGAAUUGUGGGGCCUGGGAUAAGAAGUUGAUCAAUGUGUAUAGAGUCCACAAGCCAAGCUCUUUAAGUUGUGAUGCAGAUAUGAGAGGGAAUAUGACCACGUCUCUGGAUGGCUUUGGUUCUGAUAUUGUAUUUGGCUUGAAUGAAGAUAACGCUCACUACAGGAUUAGCAAAAGUUUGCUCAAAGGGACAGAAGGCAGUACAGUACCUCUGACCAGAGUGAAGUGCUUAGUAUCCAUGACUACACCACAUGAUAUUAGGCUUCAUGGUUCAUUAGUCACCCCAGCAUUUGUGGAAUUUGAUACAGCUCUGGAAGGGUUUGGCUGCCUGUUCUUGCCUAGUUUGGCUCCCCAUAAUGCACCUAACAACACUGCCACCGCUGCAGGAGGUGUUAAUGAUGGAGCUGUUACCAGUGGACUUGGUGCAGGUGAACGAUUCUUUCCACCACCUUCUGGGCUUACUUAUUCAACUUGGUUUUGCAUUGAGAGACUUAGUACUCCUCUGAACAAUCAUCCGGUUCGGCUUCUUACCCUCGUUCGAAGAUCAAACUCAUCUGACCAGCAUUUCAUUUGUGUUGCUGUUGUAUUUUCUGGGAAAGACAAGUCCCUGCUGGUUUCAACGAAGGAGGAGUUGCUGCAAAAUUAUGUUGAUGACUUCAGUGAAGAGUCAUCCUUUUAUGAAAUUCUUCCCUGCUGUGCCCGAUUUCGCUGCAGUGAUCUGAUUAAUGAGGGACAGUGGCAUCACCUGGUACUUGUGAUGAGUAAAGGAAUGUUAAAGAACAGCACUGCUACCUUGUAUGUGGACGGUCAGCAUGUUAACACAGUAAAGCUUCAUUAUAUCCACAGUUCACCUGGUGGAUCAGGGUCAACUAAUCUGCCAGUUGUUAGCACAGUGUAUGGCUACAUUGGAACACCUCCAGCUCAGCGUCAGGUCUCAUCGUUAGUAUGGCGUCUAGGACCUACACACUUCUUGGAGGAAGUUUUACCUGCUUCCAGUGUUUCUAUCAUUUAUGAAUUAGGACCAAACUAUGUUGGUAGCUUCCAAGCUGUGUGUGUUCCAUGCAAGGAUUCAAAAUCUGAAAUGGUCAUUCCAUCUCCCAUCAGUCUGAUUCCUGAGGAGAAAGUAUCUUUUGGGUUGUAUGCACUUUCAGCCUCUUCACUCACAGUGGCCAGGAUUAGAAAAAAUUACAACAAGAUGGACAGCAAAACCAUAGCCAAACAGAUGGCCAUUUCCUCGCAUGAAAAUGCUACACCAGUAAAACUGUUGCAUAAUGCUGCAGGGCAUUUAAAUGGACCAGCACGGACUAUUGGUGCAGCUCUUAUAGGAUACCUAGGUGUGAGGACCUUUGUUCCUAGGCCUGUUGCCACUACAUUACAAUACAUUGGUGGAGCAGCUGCUAUUUUAGGCUUGGUUGCAAUGGCAUCCGAUGUUGAAGGCCUCUACGCUGCUGUGAAGGCUCUUGUUUGUGUGGUAAAAAGUAAUGCACUGGCAAGCAAAGAGAUGGAGAGGAUUAAGGGCUAUCAACUCCUGGCAAUGCUGCUGAAGAAGAAGCGGAUUCUGUUGAACAGUCAUAUUCUCCAUCUUACAUUUUCGUUAGUGGGAACUGUUGACAGUGGCCACGAGACCAGUAUCAUUCCUAAUUCUAAUGGAUUUCAAGAUUUGCUUUGUGACUUUGAUGUCUGGCUUAAUGCACCAUAUGAACUUCAUCUGUCAUUGUUUGAGCACUUUAUUGAACUUCUCACUGAAUCAAGUGAGGCUUCUAGAAAUGCCAAGCUAAUGAGGGAAUUCCAAUUGGUACCAAAGCUUCUGCUAACUCUGAGAGAUACAUCCUUGUCUCAAAUGACCAUUGCAGCUAUCAGUAACGUGCUCAGCCUUUUGCUGCAAGGCUUUCCAAACAGCAAUGACCUGCUCAGGUUUGGUCAGUUUCUGUCUUCUACGUUGCCUACUUUUGCAGUCUGUGAGAAAUUUAUUAUCAUGGAAGCAAAAAAUGAGGAAAAGGAAGAAGGUGUCGAUGAUGAUUUGGGUGGCCUGGUUUCAGCUAAUGCCAUUCUGUUGAGAAACAGACUUUUGGAUAUCCUGCUAAAGUUAUUGUAUACUUCAAAAGAGAAAAACAGUGUUAAUCCACAAGCAUGUGAAGAAUUGGUGAAGAUUUGGGGUUUUGACUGGCUUUUGAUGUUCAUGGAAGAGCACCUGCAUCCCACUACUGUCACUGCAGCAAUGCGAAUUCUUGUUGUACUGCUGAGCAACCAGUCGAUCCUUGCCAAGUUUAAGGAAGGGCUUUCUGGAGGAGGCUGGCUCGACCAGACUGACUCUGUUCUCACAAAUAAAAUUGGAACUGUAUUAGGUUUCAAUGUUGGCAGAAUUGCUGGUGGUAGAUCAACAGUGCGUGAGAUAAACCGUGAUGCUUGUCACGUCCCUGGUUUUUAUAUUCUUCAGUCAUUCUUACCCAAACAUACCAAUGUGCCUGAACUAUAUUUUCUGUUGAUGGCCCUUUUCCUCCAACAGCCAGUUACUGAACUGCCAGAAAGCCUCCAGUUUGAUUUGGAUUCUAUCUGGACAUUUAUCUUCGGUGUUCCUGCUUCCAGUGGAACAGUAGUUGCAUCAGUUCACACAGUAUGCUCAGAAUCUGCUUUUCUAUUGUUGGGAAUGCUGAGGAGUAUGCUCAAUCUUCCCUGGCAGUCUGAAGAGGAAGGUUCUUGGCUUAGAGAGUACCCAGUCACUUUGAUGCAGUUUUUUCGUUACUUAUAUCACAAUGUUCCAGAUUUAGCUCCACUUUGGACAAGCCCAGAUUUCCUUUGUGCUUUUGCAGCAACAGUCUUUCCUUUUAACAUCAGACCAUAUUCAGAAAUGGUGACUGAUCAUGAUGAUGAUGUCGGCUCUCCUGCUGAAGAAUUCAAGGCAUUUGCAGGUGAUACAGGCAUGAAUAGGAGUCAAUCAGAAUAUUGUAAUGUCGGGGCGAAGACCUUCCUCACCAACCACCCUGCCAGGAAGUUUGUAUUUGACUUCAUGCGUGUCCUUGCGGUAGAAAAUUUAUGUCUUGCACCUGCCAGCAAACAGACUACUCUCAUAGACCUGCUAUUAGAGGCCUCACCUGACAGAUCAACACGAGCUCAGCAAAAAGAAUUCCAAACUUGCAUCUUAGACAGUGUGAUGGAUCAUUUAUUGGCAGCAGAUGUUUUGUUAGGUGAAGAUGCAACACUACCAAUUACCAGUGGAGGAAGUUACAAUAUAUUAGUGAACAAUGUAUUUUACUUCACACAACGACUCGUGGACAAGCUUUGGCAAGGCAUGUUCAGCAAGGAAUCCAAACUUGUGGUUGACUUUAUUGUUCAGCUGAUAGGACAGUCUAAACGGAGGUCCCAAGGUCUCUCUCUGGAUCCUAUUUACCACUGUCUAAAUCGAACAAUACUCUACCAGUUAUCAAGGCCGCAUAAGACUGUUCCACAACAAGUUGCCCUUUUAGACUCUUUACGUAUCCUGACAGUCAACCGCACACUUAUACUUGGACCUGGUAAUCAUGAUCAAGAGUUCAUUGGCUGCCUAGCACAUUGUUUAAUUAGCCUGUAUGUUGGAAGUAAUCUUGAGGGUUUUGGCCUGGAAGCAGAAGCAAGAAUGACAACAUGGCACAUCAUGAUACCUUCUGAUCUUGAACCAGAUGGAAACCAUAGCCAAGAUAUUAGUGAAGGUCGACAGCUUCUUCUCAAAGCUGUAAAUCGGGUUUGGACUGAACUAAUUGUCAACAAAAAACAAACUUUGGAGGAGAUCUUUAAAGUUACACUACUCACAAACGAGCGUGGGCUAGUGGAUUUGUCAACUGCAAGGCCACUCAUUGAGGAUGCUGCUUCAAAAUGCUGGCAGAAUCAUAUAGCCCAUGAGAAGAAGUAUAUUAGUAGAGGAGAAGCAAAUGUAGCCCCUGCAGCACAGUCAAAACUCUCACGUGUGAGCAGUGGAUUUGGCCUGUCAAAGCUGACUGGAUCCAGGCGAAGCAGAAAAGAAAGUGGAAUCAGUAAGACCAACCUCACAUCACAGGAAAUUUCCCAGUGGAUGUUCACCCACAUCGCUGUUGUGCGGGAUUUAGUGGAUAUGCAAUAUAAAGAAUACCAGGAGCGUCAACAAAAUGCCCUCAAGUAUGUGACUGAAGAAUGGGCCCAGAUAGAAUAUGAGCUAUUGCGAGAAAGAGGUUUAUGGGGUCCUCCAAUUGGAUCACAUCUUGAUAAAUGGAUGUUGGAAAUGCCAGAGGGGCCCUGCAGAAUGAGAAAGAAGAUGGUGCGAAAUGACAUGUUUUAUAUACAUUAUCCUUAUUUACCAGAAAAUGAGCAGGAGUCCACCAGUCUGCAGUUGCUCAACGCUAGUAAACUGCCUGAGAUGCCUUGGUUUGAUGAUGACAAUAUGGUCUCUGAGAAGAAACCUGCUCGCUACCGUAGAGCUAUAAGCUAUGACAGUAAAGAGUACUACUUGCGGCUAUCUGCUGGAAAUCCUACGAUGUAUCCAGAUACAAUUGAAGAGAGUUCAGAGGGUGAAGCCACACAUCAUGAACCAGAGCAUGGAGAAGAUACAAUUGCAAGAGUCAAAGGAAUUGUGAAGCCGCCACUGAAACGUUCACGAUCUGCUCCUGAUGGUGGUGAUGAAGACAAUACAGAACCUUUCCUUGAUCAGAUCUCUGAGGGAAGUUCAAUGGAUGAAGAAGAGAAGACAGACAACCAGACCCUGCUACGGUUAUUAGAAGAGGGAGAAAAGAUUCAGCACAUGUACAGAUGUGCUAGAGUACAGGGACUGGACACCAGUGAAGGUCUUCUCUUGUUCGGCAAAGAGCAUUUCUAUGUGAUUGAUGGCUUCACAAUGACUGCAACUAGGGAAAUCCGUGAUAUUGAAACUCUGCCUCUAAACACACAUGAGCCUAUCAUUCCAAGAGGAGCACGUCAAGGGCAGAGUCAGCUGAAGAGGACUUGCAGUAAAUUUGCUUAUGAAGACAUCAAAGAAGUGCAUAAGAGACGUUAUCUCCUACAGCCUAUUGCAGUUGAAGUUUUCUCUGGUGAUGGGCGAAACUAUCUCUUAGCCUUCCAAAAAGGUGUUCGAAAUAAAGUGUAUCAAAGAUUUUUAGCUGUUGUUCCUUCCUUGACUGACAGCUCUGAGUCUGUAUCUGGCCAACGGCCAAAUACAAGUGUGGAACAGGGAUCUGGUUUGCUUAGUACUUUGGUUGGAGAGAAGUCUGUAACACAAAGAUGGGAGAGAGGAGAAAUCAGUAAUUUCCAAUAUCUCAUGCAUCUGAACACAUUAGCAGGCAGAUCCUAUAAUGACUUGAUGCAGUAUCCAGUGUUCCCAUGGAUUCUUGCAGACUAUGAUUCUGAGGAACUCGAUCUUACAAAUCCUAAAACAUUUCGGAACCUGGCUAAACCGAUGGGGGCUCAGACUGAUGAGAGAUUAGCUCAAUAUAAGAAACGAUAUAAGGACUGGGAAGAUCCAAAUGGUGAAACUCCAGCAUAUCAUUAUGGCACACACUAUUCUUCUGCCAUGAUUGUAGCUUCUUAUUUAGUAAGAAUGGAGCCAUUCACCCAAAUAUUUCUCCGGCUCCAGGGUGGCCAUUUUGAUCUUGCUGAUCGAAUGUUUCACAGUGUACGAGAGGCAUGGUACUCUGCAUCCAAACACAACAUGGCCGAUGUAAAAGAACUCAUUCCAGAAUUCUUUUAUCUUCCAGAGUUCCUUCUAAACUCCAACAACUUUGAUCUAGGUUAUAAGCAGAAUGGCAUAAAAUUAGGAGAUGUGUUGUUGCCACCGUGGGCCAAAGGGGACCCUAGAGAAUUCAUCAGAGUUCAUCGUCAGGCAUUGGAAUGUGACUAUGUCAGUUCACACUUACAUGAAUGGAUCGACUUGAUCUUUGGUUACAAGCAGCAAGGUGCACCUGCGGUAGAAGCAGUCAAUGUCUUCCAUCAUCUGUUUUACGAAGGGCAGGUGGACAUUUAUAAUAUCAAUGAUCCACUGAAGGAAACUGCAACUAUUGGCUUUAUCAAUAAUUUUGGACAAAUUCCCAAACAGCUUUUUAAAAAACCUCAUCCACCAAAGCGAACGCGUAGCCGGAAUAAUGGGGAACCAUCUGGUGUACCAACCUCUCUGAGCUGUACCACUGACAAGAUCUUCUUUCAUCAUUUGGAUAAUCUCCGACCAUCUUUGGCACCUGUUAAAGAACUGAAGGAACCAGUGGGACAGAUCAUUUUUACAGAAAAAGGUGUUCUAGCAGUAGAGCAAAACAAAGUGCUAAUUCCUCCCAGUUGGAACAAGACAUUUGCCUGGGGAUAUGCAGAUCUCAGUUGCAGAGUUGCAAAUUAUGAAUCUGACAAGGCUUUGAUAGUAUAUGAAUGCCUGAGCGAAUGGGGACAGAUUUUAUGUGCAAUUUGUCCCAACCCUAAAUUGGUUGUUACUGGAGGAACAAGUACUACGAUCUGUGUUUGGGAAAUGGGUACCUCCAAGGAGAAAGCUAAAGCACUGAUCCUGAAACAGGCACUCCAUGGGCACACAGAUGCAGUUACUUGUUUGACUACUUCUUCAGCCUAUCACAUAAUAGUCAGUGGAUCACGAGAUCGCACAUGUAUCAUUUGGGACUUGAAUAAACUAUCUUUUGUCACUCAACUGCGAGGCCACAAGGCACCAGUGUCUGCUUUAUGCAUUAAUGAAUUAACAGGAGACAUUGUCUCUUGUGCUGGGACAUAUAUUCAUGUAUGGAACAUCAAUGGAAGCCCGGUGGUAAAUGUAAAUACAUUUACAGGACGCAGCCAGCAGAUUUUUUGCUGCUGUGUAUCUGAAAUGAGCGAGUGGGACACGCAGAAUGUUAUAGUCACUGGACAUUCAGAUGGUGUGGUCAGGUUUUGGAGAAUGGAGUUUCUGCAGGUUCCAGAAACCCCAGCUCCAGAAGAGACUAUGAAGCUUCCAGAAGAUGUGGAUGAUUCUUCUGCAGAUAUACAGAUAGAUGGGGAUGCCCAGGAUGAGGAAAGCAGUGAUUCAGACCUGGAGGAUCAAUGCAGUAUCCAGGACCCAAAACCCAAACAAAGUGUAUCUGGCUGUGCAGCAAAUAAAGCAAAGGGCAUAUCCGGGCGAGCAGCAUGGUUUGUAGAUGGAGAUGAAUCAAAGCGUUGGGCAGAUCAACUCAGCCUGGAUGAGAAGGAUGGAUUUGUUUUUGUAAAUUACUCAGAAGGCCAGCCUAAGCUGCAUCCACAAGCUCAACAGCAGCCUCCAAUUCAAAGUCAAAUGCACUAUCACCAUCAUCAACUUCAACAGCAUUCAAUGCAGAAUGAAAUAAAACGCCAUAACCAGCUAAAGCAAGGAUACAGAUGGGAGCGGCAGUUGGUAUUUCGAAGUAAAUUGACAAUGCAUACUGCAUUCGAUCGAAAAGACAAUUGUCACCCUGCAGAAAUUACUGCAUUAGGCCUUUCUAAGGAUCACAGUAAAAUUCUGAUAGGUGAUGCACGAGGUCGGGUAUUUAGCUGGUCAGUGAGUGAUCAGCCAGGGAGGACAGCUGCUGACCACUGGAUUAAAGAUGACGGAGGGGAUUGCUGUUCAGGAUGUUCAGUGCGCUUCUCUCUAACUGAGAGACGGCAUCACUGCAGAAACUGUGGACAACUCUUCUGUCAAAAAUGUAGUCGAUUUCAGUCUGAAAUCAGGCGCUUGAAAAUCUCCUCACCAGUCCGUGUCUGUCAGAAUUGUUACUACAACCUGCAGCAAGAGAAGGGAGCUGAAGAAAGCUCCAGGAACUAAUAGGUCAUUGAUUUAUCAGUGACCAAACAAGCAGAAUCCUUGUUACUCCCAGCUAUUUCAAAUGAUUUUAUGCAAAAGGAAACAAUGUGGGGAGUUUAAAAAAAAGAGUUUACAUAGAUUUCUUUGUACUGUGUUGAAGCACUGUAAUAUACUGACUGGAAAGGGAUCAUUGCCUUGCAGUUAAUGUGUCCAUCUCUCUACCUAACUCAUGGAUGGUUUAAUGUUCUGGAAUGUGCUGAGAUUAUGGUUUUAGAAGUUCUGGACUUAAACCAUCUUUCAAACAUCUUGAUGAUGUCACCCAUAUUCAUGAAAACAGUGGCUUGUAAGAUUUUAAAUGUAAAUCUGCCACUUUCACAAAAACCCUAUUGUUUAUAGUGUAAAUAGUUGUAGUGGCCUUUUUAACAAGAGGAACUUCUGAAUUGCCUGUUAAAAGAUGUCCUAUUAUAACCACUAAUUGUGUGAUUUAAAAAAUCAAUAGUUGUGUCCAGCAUCAUUCAGUAACUAUUUUAGGAGUCAAUGAAAAUGUGCAAAUGCUAAUUAUUAUCAAUUGCAUUAAUACCUUGCAUUGGUUUUUUUUCCAUUUUAAUUAUUGUUUGAUGCAAACAAUAAUGAAUUUGUGAAUUUGUUUACUCCAUUGCAGAAGCUUCAUGGUAUUGAAGAAAGAGGGGCAUGCAGCAGUUUCAAACCAGCCAUGUCAUUGUACUGAUUUAUUUUCAGAGUAACAGCUUCCUUGGUGUUCAUACUUUAUUGAAAAUAUUAAAAUGUGUCUGGGGAUAAUCAUGCUAUAACAUCAGUAUCUGUGUUUUAACAAACAAUUAUUCAACCCUAUCCUUUUUAUGAGCAAUAGGAGACUAGCAAUGCUUGAAAUGCUGUCAGCAUUGCACUGCCACAGUGCAAGACUUUGAUUUUGCCUGUGUGCUUUGAAGUGGGAUGAGGGGAAAAGAGGGGUGGAUGGGGAGGCAAAAAAUAAAUCUGGUGACUUCCUUGCCAUUACAUUCUGUUUCAGCACGCUCAGUACACUGCAAUUAGGGUCACAAUAAAACUGAAAUAUAUCUUUCGACUCUUGUAAUUUGAGUAAAUGCAUUUUCUACUUUAUCCAAGCUGUUUACGAAAUGUUGAUGUAUUCUAGACCAGCAAGUAUAAAAGCAGUAUUUUCUCUGUGCAUCUAUAUAUAUGACAUAUUAAGUCACAAUGCAGUCAUGCAGCAUCAUUUAAAACAGUAAGUUAUAUCCUCUGUCAUAUAAUAGUAAAGCAAGAUGACAUGUCAGAAUCUUCACUGCGGCAUGUAAAACAUGCUUUUACUUCCAAACCUUUUCUCCAUUUAUUAACAUUACAGCAUAGUAUGUUAGCAACAAUUUCAUGAUUUUACUUACCUAGCUGCCCUUUAAUAGCCAUGUAGUGAAUUUAUUUCACAAAAUGGUUUCCACAUGUUUCAUUGGUUGACAUACUAUAAAUGUUAUUUUGUACCAGUCAGUUCAGUGUUUAUGGACUACGGACAGCUGGCGUGAUGCUCCUGGUAACUUCUUAUAUUUAAAAAAAAGUAAACAAGUUUGAAAAGGAAAAUACUAGUCAGUUUUAUUUACAGAAUUCCUUUAUAAUGGACCUCAGUAUUUUAUAUUAGCCUUCAACAAAUAUUGCUGUUAAAUAACAGCCAAUGUCUGUAAGCACAUUGACUGGGACAAAGAAGCAACUACUGGUAGUUGUUAAUGUGUUACAUAUAGUGAGGGUUUCUGGGAAUCAGACUAGAUUGUAGAUUCAUUGGCUGUUAAAGGCCACUUGCCCUAUUGCAGUGGUACUGUGGGCAGUAAACGUUUCUUUUCACGUUAAAUGCUGCUACCAAUGCAAGGAUCGCCACUUAGGAGGGUAAACGAUCUUCAUGUUUAUUUAAGAUGAUUUUUGUGUUUAAAAUUGUGUUGGGCAUAUCAACACGUACUAUAUCAUAAUCUGUAGAAAGCACUCGGAGCAAUCCUUUUGUCCCAACUAUACGCUUUGUGCAUAACAAACAUUUUCAUCUUCCCACUCCCUUUGUGUAAAUGCAUUAUUCAUGUGUACUUAUCUGUAUAAUGUAUUCUGCAAUUUGUACCAUCAUGCUUACAACUGUAGAAUCUGCUGCUAAAGGGCAACACUUGUCUACAUUGAUACUAAAAGUUACAAAAAUGAUUUUGCACCUUCCUAUUGUGUAUAAAACUGGUAGGAACCAUUUUAUCAUAUACAUUUUCUCAAUCAUUUUAAAGACAGCGUUUCUUUACAGUAAAUGAACUGUAUAAUAUUUAUGCAAUUAUACUGGUUUUGAAGUAUUUUUAAUUUCAGCAAGUUUUGUUACUUGUUGCAUGAUUAACACUGCUGACUUUUUGUGUCAGUAAAAUGUAUAUUGUUUUCCACUUCUUUUUGUUUAAUAUAUUAAUCAAUUACUUGUACCCCUCCCUCCCCAGGUGACCAUUAUCUGUACAGUAAUGAAUCUGAAAUGAAGAAAACUGGCUGAACUGGAGUGGGAUUUUUGUACUAUAUAUGAGAACUGAAAUCCUUGUUUUGGUGGUUCCUGUGCUAGACUGAUGCAUUAUAUUAGUGUGUAAACUGUGGUAUCUGAAUGUUCAUUGUAUAUUUGUCUUUAAUGCAAAAGAGCUACAGUCACACAAAUACAUAUGUAACUAAUGCAAUAGAGACAAGUCCUGGUACUAAACUUUUUCAUUUAAAUAAAUACCUGCUAUUUACCACCAAA